CUCAGGCUGGGUCCAAGGACCCGCUCAAUGCAGCCACUGAAUACGCAGUCUCUUGGUUUUUCUGGGAUCAAGGGCCCACUGGAUUCUAAGCAGCAGGUGCAGGUGAAGGGGCUGUGAGUGAGUGGGUCAAGGAGAGCAGGCAUAGGGGUAGAGGGGAGAAGAAAAACAAAGAGACUGUCACAGAGAGAGACAGAAGCAGGGAGAGACAGAGAGACACACACACGCGCGUUAGGGUGGCAGAUUCAGAGAGAUUUUUGGAAAAAUGGCUGUUUAACAGAAAAAGGUAGAGAAUGAGGCAGAGGAGACCCUAAGACAGCAGGGGAGGAGCAAAACAGAAAGAGACACUCCUGAGGCGGGACAGAAACAGAAGAGAGGAGAGAAGGAGAGACAAAGGAGGGGGAGGAGGAGGAAGGGGAGGAGGAGAAGGAAGCACAGACACACAGAAUGAAGGGCCCACAGACAGACUGUGGCCCAUGCAGGUGGCAGAUAAUGGACAUGGUGGCAGCCAUGGUCAGAGGCCCUGGUACAGCUCUGAAGACCCCCACCAGGGCUUCCCUGCUGUUCAUGGGGCUGCUGAUCACAGGCCUCACUCAGUCACGAAUCCCUGCCUCAGUGCCUCGAGGCUUCUGGGCCCUACCUGAAAACUUGACAGUUGUGGAGGGGGCCACAGUGGAGCUGAAGUGUGGCGUUAGCGCACCUGGCAGUGUCGUACAGUGGGCCAAGGAUGGCCUGCUGUUGGGUCCCAACCCAGGAAUCCCAGGUUUCCCGAGAUACCACAUGGAAGGAGAUCCUGCUAGAGGUGAAUUCCACCUGCACAUUGAAGCAUGUGACCUCAGCGAUGACGCAGAAUAUGAGUGCCAGGUUGGCCGCUCGGAAACAGGCCCUGAACUUGUGUCUCCCAGAGUGUCCCUCUCCAUCCUGGUUCCCCCCAAGGUGCUUCAGCUGACCCCUGAGGCAGGGACCACAGUCACCUGGGUAGCUGGGCAGGAAUAUAUGGUCAGCUGCAUAUCUGGAGAUGCAAAGCCAGCAUCUGACAUCACCUUCCUCCAGAGUGGACAAGCAGUACCCAGCAUCUCUGUCGACGUGAGUGAAGGAUCCCAGGAGAAACUCUUCAUCACAGAGGCCAAAGUCAGUGUGACACCCCAGAGCUCAGAUAAUGGACAGCUACUAGUCUGUGUGGGGUCCAGCCCAGCUUUGGUCAGCCCCAUCAAGGCCUCAAUCACCAUGAAUGUUUUGUUCCCCCCAGGACCUCCUAUCAUUGAGUGGCCAGGCCUGAAUGAGGGGCUUGUUAGGGCAGGGCAGAACUUGGAACUGCCAUGCACAGCCCGAGGAGGGAACCCACCAGCCACACUGCAGUGGUUGAAGAAUGGCCAGCCUGUGCCCAUCGCAUGGGGCACGGAGCAUGUCCAUGCCACUGCUCGAAGUGUACUCACAAUGACUGUCCGGCCAGAAGACCACGGAGCCCAAAUCAGCUGUGAAGCCUACAAUAGUGUAUCUGCAGGGACUCAAGAACGAAGCAUCACACUGCAGGUCACCUUUCCUCCCAGUGCCAUAACCAUCUUGGGAUCUGUAUCACAGUCUGAGAACAAGAAUGUGACUCUCUGCUGCCUCACAAAGUCCAGUCGUCCGAAGGUCCUGUUGCGAUGGUGGCUGGGUGGGCGGCAGCUGCAGCCCACAGAGGAGACAGUCAUGGAUGGCCUGCAUGGUGGUCAGAUCUCCAUGUCCAAUCUGACCUUACUGAUGCGUCGGGAAGACAAUGGCCUGACCCUCACAUGUGAGGCCUUCAGUGAGGCUUUCACCAAGGAGACCUUCAAGAAGUCUCUCACGUUGAACGUGAAAUAUCCUGCCCAGAAGCUGUGGAUUGAGGGACCUCAAGAGGGGCAGCACUUCCGGACUGGGACCCGGGUGAGGCUAGUGUGUUUGGCCAUUGGGGGUAACCCAGACCCCUCCCUCAUCUGGUUCAAGGACGCGCGCACAGUGAUGGAGCCGCGGCCGCCCCAGGAGCCACGGCGAGUGCAGCUGGGAAACCUGGAGAAGUCCGGGAGCACCUUCUCCCGCGAGCUGGUGCUGGUUCUAGGCCCGCCGGACAACAAGGCCAAGUUCUCGUGCAAGGCCGGCCAGCUGAGCGCGUCCACGCAGAUCGUGGUGCUGUUUCCCCCAACUAACUUGACGAUCCUGGCCAACACGUCGGCUCUGCGUCCAGGGGACGCCUUAAAUUUAACGUGCGUCAGCGUGAGCAGCAACCCUCCUGUCAACUUGUCCUGGGACAAGGAGGGGAAGAAGCUGGAAGAUGUGGCCGCACCGCCCCAGAGCGCACCAUUCAAAGGCUCCGCGGCGUCCAGGAGCGUUUUUCUGCGGGUGUCAUCCCGCGAUCACGGCCACCGGGUCACCUGCCGAGCCCACAGCGCGGAGCUCCGCGAAACCGUGAGCUCCUCCUACCGCAUCAAUGUACUAUACCCUCCGGAAUUCCUGGGGGAGCAAGUGCUAAUGGUGACUGCAGUGGAGCAGGGCGAGGCACUGCUGCCUGUGUCUGUGUCCGCUAACCCCGUGCCUGAGGCCUUCAACUGGACCUUCCGGGGCUAUCGCCUCAGCCCAGCUGGUGGUCCCCGGCAUCGCAUCCUAUCCAAUGGAGCUCUGCAGCUAUGGAAUGUGACCCGCUCUGAUGAUGGCCUCUAUCAGCUGCACUGCCAGAACUCGGAGGGCACCGCAGAAGCACUGGUGCGGCUGAGUGUGCAUUAUGCUCCUACCAUCCGUGCCCUCCAGGACCCUACUGAAGUGGAUGUUGGGGGUUCUGUGGACAUAGUUUGCACUGCUGAUGCGAAUCCCAUCCUCCCAAACAUGUUCAACUGGGAGAAGCUGGAGGAAGAUGAGGAGGACCAGAGCCUAGAUGACAUGGAGAAGAUGUCAAAGGGGUCCACAGGGCGUCUGCGGAUUCGCCAUGCCACACUGGUCCAGGCGGGUGCAUACCAGUGCAUUGUGGACAAUGGAGUGGCACCUCCAGCCCGAGGGCUGGUCCGUCUUGUUGUCAGAUUUGCCCCCCAGGUGGAACAUCCUGCUCCCCUAACUAAAGUGGCUGCAGCUGGGGACAGCACCAGUUCUGCCACCCUCCACUGCCGUGCCCGUGGUGUCCCCAACAUUGUCUUCACGUGGACCAAAAAUGGAGUCCCUCUGGAUCUCCAAGAUCCCAGGUACACUGAGCACACAUACCACCAGGGUGGUGUCCAUAGCAGUCUCCUGACCAUUGCCAACGUGUCUGCAGCCCAGGAUUAUGCCCUCUUCACAUGCACAGCCACCAACUCCCUUGGAUCGGACCACACCAAUAUUCAGCUCGUCAGCAUUAGCCGCCCUGAUCCACCACUGGGAUUGAAGGUUGUGAGCCUGACUCCCCACUCAGUGGGCCUGGAGUGGAAACAUGGUUUUGAUGGGGGAUUGCCGCAGAAGUUCCACAUCAGGUAUGAGGCCCUGGAGACACCUGGGUUUCUCUACGUGGAUGUCCUACCACCCCAGGCCACCACCUUCACACUGACUGGGCUGCAGCCUUCCACACGAUACAGGGUCUGGCUGCUGGCCAGCAAUGCCAUGGGGGACAGUGGGUUAACUGACAAGCAGAUCCAGCUCUCCAUCACUACCCCAGGCCUGGACCAGCCUUCUGGAGAACCUUAUGACCAGCUGCCUACAGAGCAACCUGGAGAACCCCCAGGAUUGCCUCUGCUACCUGUGAUGUGUGCAGUCGGGGGUCUUUUGCUGCUUUCCAACAUCUCAUGUGUUGGGGGGUUCCUCUGGUGGCGAAGACUGAGGCAUCUCACUGAGGGUAUCUCAGAGAAGUCAGAGGCAGGGUUGGAGGAGGAUCGGGUCAGGAACGAAUAUGAGGAAAGUCAGUGGACUGGGGACCAGGACACGCGAAGCUCCACGGUUAGCACAACAGAAACAGAGCCACAUCUCCACCCUUUGAGGGACUUCCGCCCCCAGCUGCCCCCCACACUGGAAGAAAUGGCUUAUACCCGAGGUCUUGAGGAGGAGGAUGUAGCCUUUCCUGGGCAUCUGUAUGAUGAAGUGGAGAGAGUAUAUGGCCCACCAGGGGCCUGGGGACCCCUUUAUGACGAAGUGCAGAUGGGACCCUAUGAUGUCUGCUGGCCUGGGGACAAAUACAAUGAUCCAGGAAGAAUCUAUGACCAGGUGGCAGGAGAUUGGGGCACCAUGGCAUCAGAUUCGCUUCCCUUUGAGCUAAGGGGUGAUCUGGUGUGACAGCCUUCUCAGCACCCUUUCUUGCACCUACAGGACGUAAUCCUCUAUUGGUCCUUUUCAUUCCAGCCUGGAUGAACCUGUUAAGUGAGCUGUGUAGGAAGCAGAGUGAUAGAUUUCUUUCUGGAUAGGCCAUGGGGGAAAUGUGUAUACGUGACAGAGGAUGGUUCAACCUAGUGUAUAAGCAUGUAUAAGCUUAUGCCCCAAGAGGAUAAGCAAGGCUCCUCCUGGGGUUGGCUUUAGGAACUAAACUUCUCCAAAGUGACAGGGCAACUUGAAAAUGACAUCUCAAUAACAAAAAACUGAGCCAGGUAUUGUGGCACAUACCUGUGAUCCCAGCACUCUGGAAAACUGAGAUGGGAGGAGGGCACGUGUAAGUUCAG